UAAAUGACUUGAUUUCAUUUCGAGGCAAAGCCUAGGGGAAGUACAUAGUCCUAUGGUUGUCCAUUCAAUAUAUACGUUGAUGAGUUUCCCUUCAUUCUUCACAUAGUUCAGACCGCGUUUCGCUUCCUCCAUCCCUUUCGUCGCUUGAAGGAAACUAGAGAAACGGAACAUUCUCCGUUCACCUAUGCAAAUCUUGAUAUCUGUAGGAAUGUCUUUUCAUUCCGAUGGUAGUAUACAAUCUCCAAUGAGUCGGAGGCAAACAAAACAGUGGCUAUGGUAAGAUUAACACUUGACAAAAGUCUAGAAGUCUCCUGAGCAAACAUGAAGAACAUAAGAAUGUAUUCUAACCCUGCCUUCCCAAACCUCAUUCUUUCAAUUAUCUUAUAUUGCAUUUUAUUCAGUCAAUCGUUUCUCCUCAUUUCAUAUAUUUCCUCUCCUUCGUUCCUUCAUCUUUUUGAAGAUAUUCCACAAUGGCAACCUCAUCACUCAUUCUGAGAUGCCUUACCAUCUUCACUUUCAUAACUAGCAUUACUGCACUCUCGAAAUAUCAGCUUGAAGAAAGAUAUAGUGGGAAUAAUUUCUUCGAUGCGUUUAAUUUCUUUACGGCCCCGGAUCCUACACAUGGCUUCGUUACGUAUGUCAGUGAGAGUGCUGCUUCACAACAGGGGUUGAUAUCAGUGAGAAGUGAUGGGGUUUAUAUGGGAGUUGAUUCUAAGACGGUGUUGAAUCCUGGUGGAGCGGGAAGAAAUAGUGUUAGGAUUGAGAGUAAAAGGAGUUGGACUCAUGGACUUUUUGUGGCGGAUUUGGGUCAUAUGCCUGGUGGUGCUUGUGGAUCAUGGCCAGCUAGUAAGUUGAUGAUUUGAAGGACUGAGAUUGAAUGAUGGACUAAUAUUUGCUUAUAGUGUGGACUGUGGGUGAUAAUUGGCCUUAUAACGGUAUGUUAUGUACGGUCCAUGGAAGCAUCAAUUUUUAACACGAAUUGCAGGAGAAAUCGAUAUUAUCGAGGGCGUGAAUGGUCAAGACCACAAUCUCAUGUCUUUACAUAGGUUAGUCCUACAACUUACAAUCGUACCUCAAGAAAGCCUGCUAAUUGAUAAACAAAUACAGCGGACCAACAUGCUCAGUAGCCGGUUCAGGACAAACUGGCACCCUUCAGAGCGCCAACUGCAACAACUUUGCCAAUCCCGUAGGUGUCGGUUGUGGUAUCAGUGAUCCCCGAACCAACAGCUACGGUACAGGAUUCAACCUCAAUGGCGGUGGUAUCUACGCCAUGGAAUGGACCUCAUCCUACAUCCGCGUAUACUUUUUCCCAGCUGGAACAGCACCCGCAGAUAUCAACGGACCUAACCCUGAUCCGAGUAAAUGGGGACCACCAGUGUCUAAUUUUCAAGGUGAUUGUGAUAUCGAUAGCCAUUUCAGGGAAAAUAGAUUGAUUUUCGAUACGACUUUUUGUGGUGAUUGGGCGAGUGCUGUUUGGUCGAGUGAUGCUACUUGUGGGUCGAAGGCACCGACUUGUGUGGAUUAUGUUGCGGGUAAUCCAGCGGCUUUUGGUGAUCAGUGAGUUUCAUCUUUUAGAUUUCUUUUCUUUGGAUCGGAAAGUGAAGAUGAGAGUGCUAAUACUAUGAAAUUAGAUACUGGUUAGUUAAAUCAAUCAGCGUAUAUCAAGUUGGUAAUAUCGCUACUCCCGAACCAUCAACUACACCAAUCCCAGAACCAGCACCAGCACCACCCUCCAGCGCUCCAGCAGUUCCAGAGCCUUCCCCAGUGGGCCCACAAUCACAAAAUCCUCCUGCACCAGUCGUCACACCCUCAACUCCGAUCAAUGCACCCAUCGCUCAACCUCCAUCCGAAUCCGACGGUAAUCCCGCAACCCAAUCACCAUCUCAGCCUAACGGCAACCCCAUCGCAGAAACCAACCCAAUUUUCAGCCAAAUCUCCGAUUUCACCGGAAACAUGGAAGACCUCGGAGAAGAAGGUAAACUCCCCACCCCUCAACCCCAUCCCUCACCCACCUCACCUACCUCAAUUAUAGCACCAUAGAUAAAUAUCCACUAACACCCACCGUCACCUACACAGAAACCAACGCACUCAACAACAUUCUCCCCACCCCGCGCUCCCUAGCGUUUUUCCCGCAGGUGAUCUCCUCGGCGUCGGAUCUGGCGGAAUCCCAACUCUCGAUCUCGAUAUUAAUGCGGAGAAUUAUUUGAAUGCUGCGAAAGAGGAACUUAAUGGGCAGCUUCAGGGGUUGAUUAAACAGGCUGUUGAGUGGAGUGGUGAUGAUGAUGAUGAGGAUGUGAAGAAGCCAGCGGAUAAAAAUACGAAUACGGAUUCUAAGGGUUCGAAUCGUAUUGUUGCGACACCGUUUUAUCCUGAUGAGGCGGGGGAUGAAAAUGGGAAUGGGAAUGCAACGGCGGGGUCGGUGGCGAGUCCGACGCCGGUUUUGAGUUUAGGUGGUGCUGGUGGUGGUGCUGGGAAUCAGGGGAUUGUGGCGUUUGAGGGGGGUGCGAAAGAGGUGGUUUGUGCCGGGUUGUUGGUUUGGAGUGUGGUUUUGUUUGUGGGUGGGUUAGUUAUGAUUUAGUUUUUGGAGGCAGGAGGUUAGGAUCGCGGAUUGAAUGAUGGGUUGAUGGUUUGAAUGAAGAUGUUAUGUUGUGGGAUAUUUAUGAUGGUUCGGUUAUGCUUAUGCUUAUGAGGAGGUUUGGAUUGAUUACCGUCAUGGUCAUGUUCAUGUUCAUG